AUGCAUCCGGUCUCACCCACACCAUUCGAAUCGGAUUGGUGGUCGAUAUCUAGGGCCGACGCAGCAGCACCACAAUCGGCGAACGUCAAACCAGAGCCGCCGCAUUCGCCCUUCGCCGGCCCCAGCUACGUGUGGAAUGGCAGCUACUUUUCUUCCUCUGAUGGCAUAGUCGGAGCCUUUCACGGCGGCGAUCUUCUUUUCCGAUCAUCUUCGACAUCGUUUUAUCCCGAGACCGGAAAAAAGAUGAAUACAACAAGCUCAUCCAUAGAGGAUGAGACAUUCCAAGUCCGGAAGCUCGAGAUAACAGACAAGCAGAAGGGGUUCAUUGAGCUACUGCAGCAGCUGACCGUGUGUGGGCCCAUAUCCGACGAGGCAUUCAAACAGCGCUUUCAAGAGAUCGCUAGAUAUGGUGAUGACCACAUAAUAUGUGUUGUAGAGGAUUGCAGCUCGAGCAAGAUCGUGGGCACGGGGAGUGUGUUCGUGGAGAAGAAGUUCAUAAGGAAUUGCGGAAAAGUCGGGCAUAUCGAGGAUGUGGUGGUCGACUCGGGUGUUCGAGGCAAGCAAUUGGGGAAGAAAAUAGUCGGGUUUCUUUCGGAUCAUGCUCGGGAGAUGGGGUGUUACAAGGUGAUUCUCGACUGCAGUGUGGAUAAUCGAGCGUUUUAUGAGCGGUGUGGGUUCAAGCAGAAGGAAGUCCAGAUGGUGAAGUACUUCAUCUGA